UGCCUGUACUUGUGUACUUUACGAUAAGUUGUUCUAAUGAAGACAAAAAAUGAAAGAAGUCCAAAAUAGAACAACGCGGGGCAUUCUCUACCGUUGAAUUGAAAAUCUGAUCUUUCACCAUCGGCGCCGGAAGAACUGAAUUUGUUGCUGUCUCCGAAGAAUUUCAAUCAAUUUCUUGGAUGAACCAUGCUGAAAUGAUGGAGCAAUACUCAGAACAGGGUCAAAAUAUUAUGAACAGUGCAGGGCAGGGAAUUUGCGAUGAGAGCAGAUGCGUCUCGAGAGCUUUGCCUGGACGCUACAGCAACAAGUCCUUUACAUGCUAUGGUGACGAGAAUGGAGAAUACUAUCCAAUGAUGUGCGCCGAUGGAUACGAGCCGUGGGUCGUUGAUGUCGUUGAUAAGGAACUGUCCGUGGAGGWAAACUCGUAUCCUCCCUGGUUGAUCAAUAUGAUAGACCAUUUUCCGAUAGAUAAAAGUACUUUGGGAGAUAUCUCUCUGAAGUACUUUACGUGCUGUCCGCCGGGUAGGCAACUAUCGGAUGCAAAUCUGACUCGACACUGUUCAGAUCCGAUUAGCUCCACGAUAGAUAGCGAGAACACAACGAUGAUUUGUGACAACAAUACMCAUCCCCAUUCUCAUAGAAUGGAACCUCGUUUGGACGGAAACAAUGAAUGGGCAGGCAACUCUUACGUGUGUUGUGACUCUGCCACUACCAACGGAACAAACCCAACAUCAAACUUCUUAGACGAGGCAAAAUGUGUUCCCUACCACGAUAGAUAUUAUACCUAUGAACUUGUUCGCAACCGCUAUGGGAAGAUUGUUCCAUUAUCCUGCACCGACCCAGAUUUUAAAUUCCCUCGCCAAGUGGAAAAAGAAAUUUCCGUUCCGGGAUCAGAUGGAAAGCUGUUGGUCUGGRGUUGGGAAUGCUGCAMGACAGGAUCUCCAUCCGUGUUGAUAAAAGACUCKGCAUUCAACACUACAAUAUACCCACAGCUUGCGCUAUCUUGUGUGUCAGUUAUUCUCUCGAUGACUAUCAUAUUAGGUUUGUUGAUUCCUCUGUUGGUGGCUAUCAAGAACGAGAGUGAAAAUAACGGAUCAAUGCGUUCACGAAGUUCUAUGAGCCUGAGGUCAUCAACAGCGGCUUUUGGAGGAUAUGUCACAUACAAUAUGUAUUUGCUUUUUCUGGCUAUACCUGAUUUCGUGGCCAAUUUAUUCUUCGUUAUAGUUUAUGGGAGUUAUGCAAAAAACGGAACUGCGGAUUUCCAAACCAACGUCAUUUCCACAUUUCAYGAUAACAGACUUGCCCUGAUGAAUGAAACAGGUCUGAUGCUCUGGUACGUAAGUACAAACUCAUACAUAAAUGCAAUUGURUGUUACGAGCUGCUUGGGUUGCUACGGAAUUGUUUCAAACGACGAAGAUGUGCGCCACCAAGCAAAAAGAAGGUGGCUUUACAGGCAGCAACGGCGAAUCUCCUCUCCGCUGUUCCGCCUUUCAYUUGGUGGCUCUACUGCGUCUUAACAUUUCAGGCUGAAGAAGAAGUGGAGGGUUCUUCUGAAAGGGAUGAAMGAACACGCCAUGUUUGGAAUCUGCUGAUGGUCAUAUCGGUGAUACUGCCCUUUCUGUUUGUUUGUUACACGGGAAUAACGAUUUGGAGGAAUGGCUAUAUGAAGUUUCAAAAAAUAACACCUUGUGGAGCGAUAUCGGCAAGAGACAAAGCUUUCAAACAGUUGGCGUACUAUUUUUCCCGAAUCAUUCUGAUCUUUAUUGUAGUAUGGGUUCCGAUGAUUAGCCUUUCGAUGAUCCCAAGCUUCUACUAUAAGGAAAGUCCCGAGGGAACUGCCAUCAUACUCCUGCUAUUGGCCAUUCAGCCAAUAGUGUCGUAUUGUCUGGUCCUGACAAAGCCCGAUGUAAGGCAAUCCAUAUUCGACCUUUURACGCUAUCCUGCUUUCGACCCRAUACCAUGGCUCAACAYCAUCUGGCUAGUACGAAUAGCAUGGGCGGCAUCGCAUCGACGAAUAGCAUUAGCGGCAUCGCAUCGAUUCGGUAACAAAAUGGGGACGAAUUGUCCAAAUCUCACGAAAAUAGUUUGUUUCCGACGUGACCGGAACAAAUUCAGUUUGUCAGCUGUGCCACAACAUCUGGUAUGGAUGGAUACGACUAGCAACUAGUGAAGAAAUAUGAUUUCCAAGGGGUGAUUCGCCCUAUUAGCCGCGAGUUGUUCCUUACUYUUAAAGUAAAUGCAGAACAUGUCG